CGAAAUCACGUGACUUCUUGAUUUCUUUUGAGUCGAUCGCGAGUCAUCUAAUCGAUCCCUUAAACUUUAAGCACGAAAAGCCGUGGCGUUCCUAAUCAGAUUCACGCGUACCACCACCAUCCUCCGCAGGAUCCCUGUAAAGUACUCCUACGUGAGACGUAUUGCAACCAUGGUUUCGUCACUACCAUCUCUACCACCUGUUCCCGGUACAGACCCCUCGUCUUGCAUUCUAGAUGCGUACCGGACUGCCAUUGCAAAACGUGUAUCGGAUGCCCUGCCGCCGCUUACGCUUGAACAGGCUUAUACGGGUGUCGAUUAUGGGAAGAAGGGCGUCGAUUUUACAGUUGCUCUUCCGCGAUUCAGGUUGCCGGGCAAGCCUGACGAACUAGCGAAGAAAGUUCUAACGGAUUUCCAACCCGACGACUUCAUCUCAUCAAUCACCCACGACAAGCAAUUCCUCCAUUUCCAACUCAACACAGCUUCCCUCAUCCGCGAAGUCCUUAACCAAAUACAUACCCUCACCUACGACAGCCCCACGGGGAAGAAAUCAUACGGCACAAAUACCUCUGGCGCGGGUAAAAAACUCAUCAUCGAGUACUCGUCACCUAAUAUCGCCAAAUCAUUUCACGUUGGACACCUUCGAAGUACGAUCAUAGGCGCGUUUUUAGAUAACUUGUAUAAAGCAUGCGGAUGGGAGGUCGUCUCUCUCAAUUACCUGGGCGACUGGGGAACCCAAUUCGGCAUGAUCAGCACUGGAUUCGAAAAGUACGGUUCAAAAGAGGAGCUUGAGAAAGAUGCGAUCAAGCAUCUCUACAACGUCUACGUCAAAGUGUCUAAAGACGCGGACUCAGAUCCCAACGUCAAAGUAGACGCUGCGAAAUGGUUUAAACGCAUGGAAGACGGUGACGAAUCGGCACUUGCGAACUGGCGAGUGUGGCGGGAGAUGAGCGUCAAAAAAUACAUAGAGGAGUACGAGCGAUUAAACGUCUCGUUUGAUGUAUACACGGGUGAGAGCGAGGUUGGUAAGGAAUGGCAAGAUCGGGCUCUCGAGCGCCUCGAAGAGAUGGGUCUCAUCAGCGAUGCCAACGGUGCCAAACUCGUUGAUCUCGAAAAGUGGAAACUCGGAAAGGCGGUGCUGCGCAAAGCCGAUGGCACCUCGAUAUACCUCACUCGUGACCUUGGCGGUGCGAUAGAACGAUGGGAGAAAUACCACUUUGACAAGAUGAUCUAUGUCGUCGCAUCACAGCAGGAUCUACACCUGUCGCAAUUUUUCAAAAUGCUGUCGUUGAUGGAGUUCCCAUGGGCAGACCGCCUUGAGCACGUCAACUAUGGCUUAGUUCUCGGCAUGAGUACCCGGAAGGGAACCGCAGUCUUCUUGGACCAGAUCAUUCGCGAAGCCUCAUCAGUCAUGCACGACCAGAUGAAGCGGAACGAGGUGAAGUACAACAACAUCGAGGACCCUGAGAUGGUUGCUCGAGAAGUGGGCAUCACGGGAAUUAAAAUCCAAGACAUGGCUGCCAAACGAAUAAACAACUACACUUUCAACUGGGAUCGAAUGCUUUCCUUCGAGGGCGAUACCGGACCGUACUUGCAAUACGCACACGUUCGACUCACCUCCAUGGAGCGCAAGAAUCCAGAGCUCAUUCCCCUACCACCUCCAUCCCAGAUCGAUACUUCCUCUCUCGCUUCCUCCCAACAUGCACGCGACAUCGCUAUCCUCCUAGGAUCUUACCCUGACGUCGUGAAGACUGCACUGAAGACGCACGAGCCCAGUGGUGUGGUGACGUUCGCUUUCCGGCUCGCACAUGCGAUUUCGAGCGCUUGGGAGACGCUCAUCGUUAAAGGGGAGGAAGACACGGAGAAAGCGCGCGCGAGGCUUUGGCUCUAUCUUUGCGCGAGGGAUGUAUUGGGUGCUGCGAUGCGGUUAUUGAGUAUCAGGCCCCUGGAGAGGAUGUAGUGGGCGUUUUCGUGUCUGCAUAUAUUUUAGAUCAAGCAAUACAGAAUACUCGAACGUCGUUCAACGGGCAUGCUCGCUCAGACAGACGUUUUCGUUCGUACUUACCGCGGAGGUUGAUGUGGGUGCCCCUUACAGAAAGAUCGAAGUUCUUAGGACAUAAAAUCAAUGCAAU